CACUCUGCUAGGCUAUGGAAAACUGGCAGUCACAUAACCACGUGGUCAGUGCUUUUUUCCAGCACGUGUGGCCAUGCAGCAGGGAAAAGCACGGACAGUAUGAAAACCAGCAUGCGCUUGUGUGUGUGCACGUGCACGUAUAUUUUGCCAAUCCAUCAAACAGCAUCAUUUUCCUUCUCUUGGCUGACCCUGCUGUGGAUGCCCUUUUCUUAACGCAAGACCUUUAGCACUGGGAAUGAUAUUGGCGAUGAACUGCGCAAACCUGACAGCCGAAGGCAGAACCGUUCCUCCUGAGCCGGAGCAGGCACUUUGUCAGCUCCCUGCCGAUGACUAACGCAGCAGAUGUGUGGGGUCCUUUGCUUCCCCCUGCUGACACCCUGAAACGGCGCAGGGUGGGCUGUGGCUCCAGCCAGCCGUGGGAGUGGGGAAACUGAUGAGGAUGGGCUCUGCCGGCAAGCGCUCCCGCAUCCCACAGCUCCCACGGUGCUGCCGCCGAGAGGUGUGCGAGCAGGCGGCCAGAAGGAAUAAAAGCAACUGAGCCCACCCCCCCCCCGCACCUCACCACCCACGGGCAGGGUCUCAGGGAGCCGAGCGUGGCUCUGGGGUCCCACUGGAGAGGACUCUCCCAGCCGGCUUUCACUGAAGACUGGAUUUUGCAGUUCCUCUGCCCGGUCUCCCACACGCACAGGUGAACGGAUUCGGCACCUACGGCACUCUCAGACACCCCAAAAGGCUCUUCGCAAUGACUGCUGGACUGGAGAAAGCCUGCCACCGGUGCAUAUCUAAAAUUGCCAGCAAUGCAUGCUUUAUAUUUGGGCUCCUCACUUUCCUUGCCUUACCACUGUCCAUGACUUUUACAGGAAUGAAGUUUUUGGAAGAUUGCCCAGUUCAGCCACUAAUUCCAUUAUAUCUGUUGGUGGGUGGCGUGAUUGGCAGCUUAAAGGUGACUCUCCUGCUGUACGACUCAACCAGGAUGAGGCAGCUGCUUUCCAAGUCAGUUGUGAUUGAUGAUGAUGAUGACGACGAAUAUCCCUGGAGGCAGAAUGCUCACAAGUACUACAUCCAUCUAACCCUCAGCCUUUUCCUCUUUCUCUGGUUCAUUCUUGGGAACUACUGGGUUUUUUCUGUGUACCUGCCAAAUUUCAUCCCACCUUUCCAUCAGCCUCAGGAUUAUUGUGACAAAACCCUGUACAUUUUUGCUGUUGGUGUUCUCAUUAUUAGCCAUACUGUUCUCUUUCUCCUUAUCUUUUGUAGCUGCUGCAUAUAUUGUUUUUCCAGGCAAAGAUACUCUUCUGAGGAAGACUAAGUGCCACAUAAAUAAAGCCCCAGCUGUUUGGGAAAGUGUGUACAACAAAGAACAGGCAAUAAUUCACCCUUUGUGUAUAUCUUUGUUGUACUAUAUAUAUGUAUGAUAGCAGUCAACUACAAGAGGAAAUUGUAAAAUACAGUGCCAUCUGGAAAUAGCUGAGGUGGAAUACAGCAUAGUCAGUGUAAAAUUGCUGCUGCAGAUGCCAGCGUGCACUCUUGCUAACUUCUACAUCCCUUUUUUAACUCUUGGGUGUUCUAUCUGCGGUAUGCUCUUACAGAUGGCAAACUCCACGAAAACCAGGUCCCCUUAUGUUGUUUCAGCAUAGAACAUCUUUGCCUGUAAAAGUAGCCAUGUUGUCCUCUUCCCUGGGAUCUGAACAUCUCUGUAGCCUUACUGAGGUAUGUUACUGUCCCUGCAUUACAGAUGAGGGAGCUGAGACAAAGAGACAACAGGCUGUAUUCAGACCACCCUCCAUGGCGCAUGGACAGUAACUUAGAUGCUCACUAGAGAGGUAUUCAGGCCACUGUUAGACCAGCCAGUAAGUAGCUAUGAUAGCAAGCAAGCAUGUAUAAAAGGCAGCCUGAAUAUCACAGAAUCAUAGAAUGGUUUGGGUUGGAAGGGACCUUAAAAGAUCAUUUAGUUCCAAUCCCCCUGCCAGGGGCAGGGACACCCUCCACUAGAUCAGGUUGCCCAAAGCCCCAUCCAACCUGGCCUUAAGCACUUCCAGGGAUGGGGCAUCCACAACUUCUCUGCGCAACCUGUUCCAGCGUCUCAGCACCCUCGGAGUGAAGAAUUUCUUCCUAAUAUCUAUUCUAAAUCAUAGAAUCAUAGAAUCAUAGAAUGGUUUGGGUUGGAAGGGACCUCAAAGAUAAUCUAGUUCCAACUGCCCUGCCAUGGGCGGUAAAUCGACCCUCCUUCAGCUUAAAGCCAUUACCCCUUGUCCUAUCACUCCAUGCCCUUGUAAACAGUCCCUCUCCAUCUUUCCUGUAGGCCCCCUCAGGUACUGGAAGGUUGCUAGAAGGCCUCCCCAGAGCCUUCUCUUCUCCAGGCUGAACAAUCCCAGCUCUCUCAGCCUGUCCUCUUAGGAGAGGUGCUCCAGCCCUCUGAUCAUCUUCAUGGCCCUCCUCUGGACUCGCUCCAACAGGUCCAAGUCUUUCUUGUACUGGGGAUCCCAGAGCUGGACGCAGUACUCCAGGUGGGGUCUUACAAGAGCCGAGUAGAGGGGCAGAAUCACCUCCCUCGACCUGCUGGUCACGCUGCUUUUGAUGCAGCCCAGGACACAGUAGGCUUUCUGGGCUGCGAGUUCACAUUGCUGGGUCAUGUUGAGCUUCUCAUCCACCAACACCUCCAAAUCCUUCUCCUCAGGGCUGCUCUCAAUCCAUUCUCCGCCCAGCCUGUAUUGGUGUUUGGGAUUGCGCCAACCCAUGUGCAGGACCUUGCACUUGGCCUUGUUGAACUUCAUGCGGUUCACACAGGCCCAUCUCUCAAGCCUGUCAAGGUUCCUCUGGAUGGCAUCCCUUCCCUCCAGCAUGCCAACCACACAACACAGCUUGGUGUUGUCAGCAAACUUGCUGAGGGUGCACUCAAUCCCACUGUCCACGUUGCCGACAAAGAUGUUAAACAGUGCUGGUCCCAGUACUGACCCCUGAGGAACGCCACUCAUCACUGGUUUCCACUUGGACAUCGAGCCAUUGACUGCAACCUGUCAUAGAAGGCCACCAAAUUUUUUAGGCACAAUUUGCCCUUAGGGAAGCCGUGUUGGCUGUCACAAAUCACCUCCUUAUUUUCCAUGUGCCUGAGCAUAGUCUCCAGGAGGAUCUGCUCCAUGAUCUUGCCAGGCACAGAGGUGAGACUGACCGACCUGUAGUUCCCUGGGUCUUCCUUUCCUCCCUUUUUAAAAAUGAGGGUUAUGUUUCCCCUUUUCCAGUCAGUGGGAACCUCACUGGACUGCCACGACUUCUUAGAUAUGAUGUAGAGUGGCUUAGCAACCUGAUCCGCCAGUUCCCUCAGGACCCACGGACGCAUCUCAUCAGGUCCCAUGGACUUGUGCGCCUUCAGGUUCCUUAGAUGGUCUCGAACCUGAUCUUCUCCUACAGUGGGUGGUUUUUCAUUCGCCCAGUCCCUGCCUUUGCCUUCUGUGACUUGGGCAGUGUGGGUGGAGCACUUGCUGGGGAAGACUGAAGCAAAAACAUCAUUGAGUACCUCAGCCUUCUCUAUGUCCUGGGUAAUCAGGUCUCCCAUUUCCUUCCAGAGAGGGCUCACAUUUUCCCUAGUGUUCUUUUUAUUACUGAUGUACCUAUAGAAGCUUUUCUUGUUGCCUUUGACAUCCUUGAGCAGAUUUAAUUCUAUCAGGGUUUUCACUUUCCUAACCUGAUCCCUGGCUGCUUGGACAAUUUCUCUGAAUUCCUCCCAGGCUAACUGCCCUCGCUUCCAAUCUCUGUAGGUUUCCUGCUUGUGUUUGAGUUUGUGCAGGAGCUUCUUGUUCAUCCAUGCAGGCCCCUGGGCAUUUUUUCCUGACUUCCUCUUUGUUGGGAUGCAUCACUCCUGAGCGUGGAGGAGGUGAUCCUUGAAUACUAACCAGCUUGCUUGGGCCCCUCUUGCCUUCCCUUUUUCCCAUGGUACUCUACCAAGCAGAUCCCUGAAGAGGCCAGAGUCUGCUCUCCUGAAGUUCAGGAUAGUGAGCUUGCUGUGUGCCCUCCUCACUGUCCUAACACCAUUUCAUGCUCACUGCAGCCAAGGCUGCCCUUGAGCUUUACAUUCCUAACCAGCCCCUCCUUGUUGGUGAGAACAAGGUCCAGCAUGGCACCUCUCCUUGUUGGCUCCUCUGUCACUUGGAGGAUGAAGUUAUCAUCAAUGCAUUCCAGGAACUUCCUGGAUUGCUUGUGCCCUGCUGUGUUGUCCCUCCAACAGAUAUCGGGGUAGCUGAAGUCCCCCAUAAGGACCAGGGCUUGUGAAUGUGAGGCUGCUCCUGUCUGUCUAUAGAAGGCCUCAUCCGCUCAGUCUCCCUGGUGAGCUGGCCUGUAGCAGAUCCCCACUGUAAUGUCCCCUGUCCCUGCCCUCCCUUUAAUCCUGACCCAUAAGCUCUCAGUUGGCUCCUCAUCCAUCCCCAGGUGGAGCUCCAUGCACUCCAGCUGAUCACUGACAUCGAGGGUGACACUCCCUCCUCGUCUCCCCUGCCUGUCCUUCCUAAAGAGCCUGUAUCCUUCCAUCCCAACACUCCAGUCACAGGAGCCAUCUCACCAUGUCUCCAUGAUGCCAAUAAGAUCACAGCCCUACAGGCAUGCACACGUCUCCAAUUCCUUGUUUGUUCCCCAUGCUACGUGUGUUUGCAUAGAGGCAUUUCAGUUGGGCCUGCAAUGAAGCUGGCUUAUUGGCUGGAAUUCCUUUGUGCUGCACUUCAGGUGCUCUCCUGCUGACCUGUGAUCCUUCUCCUGGCUCUGGGCAUCUAUUGCUGGCACUGGCAUCAAACUCGUAGGAGUGGGAUGGAUUGAGGUUCCCCUCCCCUGGCAACUUCAGUUUAAAACCCUCUUCAUUAGCUUGGCACGCCUAUGACUGAAGAUGCUCUUCCCCGCCUGGCCCCCAGGUCUCUUCUGAACUUGGAUUAGAAAGCAUCUAUAUCUAACUGUGGUGCUAUAAUACAUAGGCUGAAUAUAUCCAUAUAUAUCCAAUACAUCCAAACUGAGUGAAGGCCACUUUGCAAGUCUUUGGCAGAACAAAGAACUGAGCUACUGAGUAUCAGAUCGGUGCUUUAAGCAGGGCUCAGCAUUCCCCAAUCUGGGGAGACUCCUCUUCUCCACUUUUUGUAUAACAGUAAUUUGUCAGUACCACAUCAACACAGAGAUGGUUGUCAAACCAUUGUUAUCAAGUUCAUAGAAAAACUGAUGAUGUUAGGUCAGUAUUUUAAAUAUAAAACAUGAUAAUAAGACAUGGCAGGGAUGUGCGAAUUUCAAGUGGAUGUGUUCACUACAGCAGUUCUCUGGUUGUGGUGUGUGUGUACAUUCGAUUUCUUCACCUUGGUGUUGUACAUAUGGAAAUCUGUACUUAAUGGACAGAUGUAAUGCCAACAGCUUUUAAGUCAGCAGCAGUGUCAGCUUUAAAAGCACCAGCAUGCAUAGAGACAAUUGUUUUGUGACACGUAAUGGAACAAGCCCAUAACUGGUCCUGGUAGAUUGUUUUUUUCCUGUGUUGAUGAAUUCAGUGUAAAAGUGCUCUUUCUGCUUUUGCUUUUUGCACUUCUGUUAAUAUGGUCGAUAUGCAGGGGCUCCCCUCUGUACAAGCAUGAGGGUGGCCCCAGGCACAGGAAGAGGAUGUGUGUUUUGGGUAUUUUUUCUGUUAAAACCUACACAGCUGAAACCGAUGUUUUAGAGACACCUAAAAGAGUUGCACAAUGCCUGUGGAAGAGUGAGAACUGUAAAAGAACCUUAACAAUAUACCACAGCUGAACAGGCUCUGCUCAACCUUCCUUCCUGGGACUGAGGCUGAACACAAGGUAACAUCUGUGGGAACCACUUGUCUUCAACCAUGAACUUUUUUCUCAGGGGCCAUUGUACAGAUAACUAAGGAUGCAUUUGGUCCAUAAGGAUUUUAAUUCAGGCCCUGGCUUUAAGAAUUGUUUAUUUUCAGAAAACUGAUCUUAGAAAGAAGGUGGGAUAAAGGGUGAAAUAAUCUGACAAGAGCAGCAUCAGUGUAGCAUUGCCCUGUUCUGCAGCAGCCACUCAAGAGUCACAGUCAGGCUAUCCCUGCUCAGAAAUCCAUGGAAUGGGAAUUACUAACACUGCUGGCUGACUGAGGCCAUGCACAGUAGUAUGUAAGGACAUAAGAUCAAUGGAAAUCUUUCCUUUUAUUCAUGGGCCUCAGAUUGCGUCUGGGAGAAAUCACAGGCUGUGUUUUCCCAAGAGCUGCUCCACCCCACGCUCUCCACUGCCUCUCUAAAGGUACUACACAUUUCUGAAAUAUUACUCCUGCCAGUGAUGGAACGUUAGAAUUCCUCUUUCCCACACCAAAUAAUUCACUGGCUCAGUGCUUGGACUGCUGGAUUUCAGUGUUCAGUUCUGAACUGAUUUAAGUGAUUUAGAUCACUUCUCUCUUCAGUGGAGAGCAUCUUUCAUUCAUUAAGAUGCCAAAGUGUUUAAGAAAUUGCCUAUCGGUCGGCAUAACUCCAUCACUCAAACGCAACAAAGCAGCUGUUUAUCAUUACACAUGAACUUUACCCAAAAGCUUGGAACAGGCAUAAAAAAGAAAGUUAUACUCAGUUGAUAAUGCAAAAGAAAUUUAACAAGAAAGUAGCUACACACACUCCAUCCAUAGGACUCCAGUACAAACUUCCCUGUUCUUGAAAAAUUCUGCUAGAAUCAUUCUUGAUCACAAAGAAUUAAGGGCUCAUAUUUCUGAUUAAGUCUGAAUUGAUUCCCACGUCACUGCGCAUCCAGUGACCCUGCACCAAGUGAUGAUGUGUGCUAUCUAAGCAAAUAUGAGGUGAUUUUAGUUCAGCCUGGAGGAGAAGACCUCUAAGCUAAGUCACAUUGCCUUGCGUUUUCUGUGUGCCUGUGUGAGCAUAGUUACAGCAGCUCAGCUGAUGUGCAUUGAUUUAUCAAACUUCAGCCACACAAGGGUAAGCCUGAGGCCUAUGUCUCAUUCACAGGAGGCUAAGACUGAUUCUCUACAGUCUGCCACGGAGGCUUAAUUCUUUAGGUAUGAGAACCCGGUGCCUUCGUUGACAUUUUGGGAAAGUGCUGCCAAAUCACAACGCUAGUGUUCAGUACCUGGUUGGCACAAACACAAAAUGAUAUAGGAGGUAUUACUGAAGCAAAAGGCAUUUGUGAAAUACUUUGAAGUUACACAGAGUAAACAAAAAAGCUUUGUUAGGCCUGUGAGAGGAAAAUUCUGAAUUGAUAGUAUUUACCUUUACUUCUGUACAUCAAUAAGCUAUGGCACAUGCAAGUGUGAACAUCAACACCUCCAAAAUUGUUGGAGCCAUCAAUUCUGUAUCCAGAGAGAUAUAAGCAAGCCUUCUGCACUUUCACUGCUACUGUCUCCUUCGGCAGGCUGGAAUCAUGCAGGUGUGGAGCAGGGACACCUAGUUUUGGGCAUAUGAUUAAAUACAACUGAGUUACGGUGACUUACUAAGUUACCACUCUUCCUGACCCACCAUCAGCAGCAUAGUUUCUCUUGGGUUGCUCCAAUGACUAAAUAAAGCACUCAGCUUAAACCCAAAUGAAAGUAGUUUAACUGAAGGCACUUUAUUUCACUUUGGGGUAAGCUAGGAACAUGUGCAUGGUCCACAGCACCUUAACUUGCAAGCAGCAACUUUUUAAAUUGCCACAAACUGACGGUGUCCCAGACAUAUGCUCAGUCCCUGGAGGAGUAGGCACAUUUCCUCAGCAAAUAGCUGGGGGGGAAUUAAGUCAUUACAGUCCAAAGGUCGAAUGGCUGAAAAUACAAUCUAUACCUUGGUAUGCAAAUGUUUAAUAUUUUGCCACUAGACUAAAAUUACAAAUUGAAAAUGUUCAUUUAUUUUUUUUUCCCCAGUAAUAUAAAUGGCUUCUGGAAAUUGGACAAAAUACACCCUUAAGCUAAUUAUUAUGAACUCAGAAAUCUGUUUACUUCAAUGCAGGAAAUCAGCUGUAACUGUUCCAGUUAAAUGGUCUCCCCUUCUUGAGAAAUAAAGGUCUAUUUCUAGCUUGUAAAGGAAAAAAAAAUACACGAUUUCAAUGCAUUAGAUAGCCUGCUCACUGCUAGUUAUGGGUACUACAGAAAUCUAAUAAUAUAAAGACACAAAGACGUUUCUGCAUGCACACGCAGACUGUAGACGUAUACAUAUGAUAAAAGCAAUGAUAGCAGCCAUGAAAUGAAUCGCACUUAUUACAGUUUAUUGCCCACAGUAUAUUUCUCCUCCUGCUACUCUACCUUCUUUCGCAAUGAGCAUAAUAUUGCAAAGCUCUAAGGAGCAGCUUCCCACAGCUAUUUUAAAAGUGGCAACAGACAAGCAGAUGUUUUGUUCCUUCAUUCCAAAUGUUCAACACAGAAAGCUCCUACCCGCUGACCCAAAGAGAGGAAAGAUGAGCAUCAGACAUAUCACAGACCUCAUCUUCUCAGGAGAAGAAACAGGAAUGUUGCGCUGUUAGAGAAGAUCUCUCUCACACAGCACUCGCUCUGAGCUUUAUGAGGUCCCAAGACAUCAGACUUUAAAACUACAAGGUGACUGUGCAGAAAAAAAAAGAAGCAGAAGCUAUUGUAGGUUAUGUUAAGAACCGUUUUGAAUGUCUUGGAUCCUGAAAUGUGAACAGCUGGUAUAAAUGAGCCUAAAUGCUUUGACUUAACAGGCAAAGGUCUACAAAGAUUAAACCGGUGACAACUUGAAUACAUUGUACCACAUUCUAAACCAGAUCAGCUUCUGUAAGUUAUGUUGAAUCUUAUCUCUGAUUACUUAUCUUCCCCAGAUUAUAGCUGAUAGGGACUUUGCAUCACAAUGAAUACCCAUGUAUGUUCUACGUAUAAUACAGAAAGGAUUGUUACAUCAGGACUGUGAGUUGAAAUUGUUGCUUCGUGGCUUGAAUUUCUUGAGGUUCCUGUUCACUACUGGAGUACAUGAAAGUCCCACAGGUGCUAGCCAUAGAGGAAAAAGAAAACAUUUUUUAAAAGCAUAAUAUUUGAGGGAAAAUAAAAAAGGCUGACAAGUGCAAUCUGAUAUCGCAUAGUACAAGAAAACAAAGUACAAGAAAGCUGCUAAAAAGAACAAUGUUGUAUUGCAAGAACAGGUUUCUGAGAAAACUGUAUGAAGCUCUGAGAAGUCACAUUUAUAUGUUUGUAACAGUGAAUUUCUAUCAAAUGUCUCAUUUGAAUAAAAAUGCAGGGAGGAGGAUAUGGACCAGUGUAAGUGCAUAAGCCUAUGUGAUCGGAGUUUAAAAAUUAAGGUACUUCACAUUUACCAAUCAUGCUAAUUAUAAUCAACCAUACUGCAAUUUCACUGACAUGAAUAGUUAUAUCAGAGACUGAUUUCGCCCACAGAUUUGAAUCUAAGCCGUACUGACUCUUCUGUACGAUCACUAGUACUCAAGCAAAGGGGAAAUCUGUGAUACUUUUCCCCAUGCUGCAGUACAACAGCUCAAAAGUGAGAGGUGCCCUGAGAUGCAAACUGUCAGCCUGUAGGCCAACAUGCAUGAACGCUUUUUUUAACAAGGUCCUCUCAAUUUCCAUGUGAAUUAGG